AUGGAGCUACGAUCUCUUUUUCGGGGAGACCAUCCCUCAACCAUGUGCAACCACGGGAGACCAAGCCCUGACCAGCUCUCGGUCAAUCGUCGAGUAGUCUUACGGGAAGAUUACCCGUUUGCAGACUUUAACGAAGUCAUCGAGAUUUGUCAUCAAAUAGUUGGAAAAACAAAAAGUCGCAUACUUUCCCAUUGGAUAAUGUUCUUUUUCCCUGUGAUUUCUGUUUGUCAUCCGGAGACGGCGAAAGUGAUUUUGAAGACUUCCGAGCCAAAGCCCAAACAGGUUGGAGGGGGUUACUUUACCCUCAAAGACUGGAUAGGUGAUGGACUUUUAAUGAGUGAUGGUAAAAAAUGGGAACGAAAUCGUCGACUCUUGACACCGGCCUUCCAUUUCGAUGUAUUGAAACCCUAUGUUGGAGUUUUUAACGACGUCUGCAAUAUCUUUCUGGAAAAAGCAGAAAAAGCGACAUCUGGUGGGAAAAGCGUGGAGAUGUAUGAAUUAGUAGGACUAGCAACGCUAGAUAUUAUAAUGCGCUGUUCAGUUUCAUACGACGGGAAGGUCCAGGAUCAAGGCUUUAAACACCCGUAUGUGAAUGCUAUUCGAAGGCUUACUAUCUUAUCCCAGGAGAGGUUAAUGUCACCGCUGUUGUGGUAUAGUGUACCGUUCUAUCUAUCACCGACUGGAAGGGAGUAUGCCAAACUUACACAAUACGUACAUGAUUUCGAUGAAAAAAUUAUCAGCGAACGAAGGAAAUCACUGGCUGCAGACUCGUCUGUUCUAAAGAAGCGCCAUCUGGAUUUAUUGGAUAUCAUGCUUACCGCCAAAGACGAGCAUGGUAUUGGACUGACAGACCGUGAGGUCAGGGACGAGGUCGACACCUUCCUGUUUGAGGGACAAGAAACUCCCAACUCAGCCGUCAGCUGGGCAAUCUACGCGCUCGCUAAAUAUCCUAAGGAACAAGAGAAGGUGUAUGAAGAAGUAACGCGAGUUCUUGGGGACAGACAAAACGUAGAAUGGGAUGACACCAAGGAAUUCACUCGAAUGUCUCUGUUUAUAAAAGAAACAUUAAGGAUGUUCCCGCCAGUUCCGUUCCUUGUCAGAGUGACUACGGCUGAAAUGGAUAUCGAUGGAGUGACCAUCCCGGUAAACACUGAGAUCAAUGUUAUGAUCUUUGUCAUGAACCAUCUGGAGGAAGUUUGGGACCAGCCUUUGGAAUUUCGACCUGACCGUUUUGCUGGGGAAUCGAACCGGGAUCCGUACAGCUACGUACCUUUUGCAGCAGGACCCAGAAACUGUAUCGGCCAGGUCUUUGCUUUAACCGAAAUGAAAGUAAUGCUAGCAAGAAUAGUUCAACGGUUUCGGAUACUGCCAGAGCCAAAUCAUGUUCCACGCACACAAAAGGAAUUUGUAACACGUGCUCAAAAUGGCAUCUACAUUAAACUAGAAAAACGAUGA